UUAAUCCGUUUAUGCUUGGUAUAAGUGCUUAAUCUAAGUUCUUAUUCAGCGCUUGAUGGGUUGGUGAACGACGAUUUUUUCCAGCGACCAGCGAUGUGAAGUUGAAUUGUUAUUUGUCUUGUCACUUGUCUGUCAGUCAGUAGACAACAUAUUGAAUAUUGGUUAAGUUUUGUAUCAAAAUAAAUCAAAUAUGGAAAAUUUUAUUGAAGAAGUUUUUUUUGGCGAUGAUGAAAUUAUUCCGGCGGUUAUAAAUGAAGUGAUUGAUUUGGCACAACCGCCUCAAAAUAUAAUACCUGAGGAGAGACAACAAGUCACAAGGAAUGAACAAUAUUAUGAAUAUACGAUUCCCCGAUAUACUAAUGAUGCUUUUAGGGAACAUUUUCGUAUGUCCAGAGUAACUUUUGAGAGGCUGUUUAAUUGUAUUAGAGCUGUUCAUCAUAUAGAAGAUAGGCUAGUACCAUUAGAAAAAAAAUUAUUAUUUACUGUGUGGGUAAUAAGCAAACCAGAAAGUUUUUUGGCGGCUGGAGACCGAUUUGGUUUGGCAAAAAGUUCAGCUCAUAAAAUUUUUUACCAAAUAGUUGAUGAACUUGGGCAAAUUACUAACCAGUAUAUUAGAUGGCCUAAUAUGCAGAAAAUUCAGCAAACUGCAAAUGUCUUUGAGUUACGCUCUCGUGGAAUCCCAGGAGUUGUUGGUGCUAUAGAUGGUUGCCACAUACCCAUAAAGCAACCUGUAAGAAAUGCUAAUGAUUUUUAUAAUAGAAAGGGGUUUCAUUCUAUAAUAAUUCAAGGGGUAUGUGAUGAAAAUGGAGUAUUUAUUGAUGUUAAUAUUGGGAGGCCUGGAAGGAUGCAUGAUGCUCGUGUGUUUCGAUUAAGCGAGAUAUAUGAGUACUUAACAAGAGAAAAUUCAAUUUUGCCAGCCAAUUUACAUUUGAUUGCAGAUUCCGCAUAUCCUCUCCUCUUAAACUUGAUGAAACCAUUUCAAGACAACGGUCAUUUGCCUGAAGAGCAUGUGGUGUACAACACAAAAUUGUCCAGCAUCAGGUCAACUAUAGAAAGGGCAUUUGGCCUAUUAAAAUGUAAAUUUCGACGUCUGAAAUAUCUAGAUGUUAAUAAUAGUCAAAUAGCAAGUCGCAUUGUACUUGCUGCUUGUGUUUUACACAACUUUAUAUUAUUACAAGGCAAUGCAGCACUUGAUGAGUAUGAUAUCGUCAAUGCUGCACCAAAUGAAAAUAUGAUUGAAGGCGUUCAUGAAAAUGAUUUGUUGGUUAAUGAUGCAUCAAAUAAGAGAAGAGAGAUAGUGCAAAUAUGUAACAGAGAAAAUAAUUGAAAUUAUACUAAAGUCACAAUAAGAUGCACUAGAAAAAACAAACUAAGACAUGUUGAAUGUUACAAUAAACUUUGUAGAUCGUGAUUUACAAUGUAUAUACAUUACAAUUACAUUUUAAAUCAUGAUUUGGGAGUGCUUCUUGUAACAUUCAAUGUGUCUUGGUUUGUUUAUUUCUAGUGCAUCUUUAUUGUGAUUGUAGUAUAAUUAUAAAUUACAAAAAUUUGUUUUAAUAGUCCUCAUAUUGAUUUUCAUGUCUGCAUUGAACAUGCCCUAACCAUCUAGGUAUACCUAUACUUUCUCAUUUUGACAUCAAUUUUGCCACCCUUAGACUUCUCCUAAUAUACUCACUUCUAAUUUUAUCUAUUCUUCUCAUUCAACUUAUCCUUGUAAGCACUCCAUUUCUUCCACAUACAUUCGCUGUUCUUUCAUUUAGUUGUUCUACGCCCAAUAUCAUAGCUAGUCUUACAACAGUUUUAUUGAAUUUUUAUCGUCAUACAGCACUCCAUAAUUCAUUAAUAUUUUUUGUAUUUAGACAACGGCAUUAGAUUUGGAUGUCAAAACGUUAAUAAAAUCAUUUUUUUAGUAAAAUUGUUGCUUAUUUUCCCAUUAAAAAUAGUUAAUUACAAAAAUGCCACAAGAAAAUAGCUUCAGAACAACAUCAAACCUUUUUAUUCAAGAGUUUGCCUCCACUGUUAAAAUCUUUGUUCCACUAAAUUAUAUAUUUUACUUACAUUUGCAGUUUGCUGAAUUUUCUGCAUAUUAGGCCAUCUAAUAUAUUGGUUAGUGAUUUGUCCAAGUUCAUCAACAUUUGGUUAAAAAUUUAGUGAGCUGAACUUUUUGCCAAACCAAAUCGGGUUCCAGCAGCCACAAAAACUUUCUGGUUUGCUUAAUAACCAAACAGUAAAUAAUAAUUUUUUUCUAAUGUUAUUACCCUAUAUUCUAUGUCUAUGUGAUGAACACCUCUAAUACAAUAAUUAAACAGCCUCUACAAAUAAAUAUAUAUUUUUAGGAAAACCUUAUAAAAUUUAUACACAAAAAUUACCUCAAAAGUUACUGUGGACAUGUUCCUGAAAUGCAUCAUUCGUAUAUCGAGGAAUCGUGUAUUCAUAAUAUUGUUAAUUUCUUGUCUUUCCUCAGGUAUUAUAUUUUGAGGCGGUUGUGCCAAAUCAAUCACUGCAUUUAUAACCAGUGGAAUAAUUUCAUCAUUGAUGACUUUCACUUGAAAUUUAUCAGUUUCUCCUACAGCUGUUGUAACACUAAAAGUCCACACCCUUAGAACCUCCUGAGCAUUUGUUUCUUUAUUUCAUCUGUUGUUGAUAUGCACUGAAUAAAUGUAAACCGAUAUUUCUGUUUCUUCACUUGUUCAUCUAUACCUGACUCUCUCCCAUAUUAUGGUGGGACUAAGUAGAUUUUGCAUUGUUGAACAUAUCCUUUAUUUUUAUAGACAGGUAAUAAUAUAUCUUGUUUUUUAGUAUAUAGUGUGUAAGAUUUCACAUUUUAUAGUAUGUAUGUAGUAUGCCACAUUUUAUAAACUUUUUGAUAUUGAUUUUAUAUUUUAACUGUUAAUGGGGUUAUCCCGUUUAUUAAAUAAAUAAAUAAAAAAUAUA